AUGUCUUACUUAGAAGGUUCAAUUGUAAUUUUUUUUGAUGGUCUAUUUAAAGAUAAAUUUUCAUUUGAUAAAGGAAAAAAUAUACUUGAAAAAAUAAUUAUUAACAAAAUGAUGACUAUUAAUAAAGAUAAUAUUAGUUUAUAUAUUAAUAUACCAUGCUUUAAAGAUGCUAUAACAUUAACUGCUGAUAUUACUAAGGAACAUUUUUUUAACAUAAAAAAAAUUAUAAAACAACUUGUUUAUUCUAGAAAUAUUGAGUGUAAUGAUAUUUUUGUUAAGAUAAUUGAAACUUUUACAUCAAGAGAAAUAUCUACACGAUUACGUAAGAAAGAAAAUAUAAAUGUACUUAUAAUAAGUGAUUUAUCAUUGCAACCAGGAAGUAAUAGUCGAAUUGAUGAUUUUGAAUUAUGUAUAUCAAAAUUUCUAUUAAAUAUUUAUUUGUUUGGUGUUGAAAUUAAUAAUCAAUCAAAUAACUUAUCUCCAAUAUCCAUUUCAUAUCUUAAAUUAAUUUCACCAGAUAGAUGUUUUUCAUUUGACAAAAGUUUAGAACAUGUUAAAUAUUUUGUAACAUCAACUGUUAAACCAUUAAAUGCAAAAAUUAAUUUUAUAAUUGAUGAAGAUUACAUUGUUCCAUUAAUUGGAUAUGUUAAUCAAGUUAAAAUUCAAGAUAAAUUUAAUAUUAAUAAAACAAUUGGCCAAGAUAAUGAUAAAAAAUUGAAAAGAACAUAUGUAUAUAAAAAUGAUAAAGAUGAAGAAAUUGAAUCUGAUUGUAUUAUUGAUGCAUAUCAAUAUGGUAAUCAAUUAGUACCAUUUAAUUUUUUUGAUCAACUUUAUCACAGUAUGGAACCAGGAAUAAAAUCUUUAAAAUUAUUAAAAUUUGCCCCUAUAAGUGAUAUAGACUUAUCCUUUCUUGAAUCUCCAGUUUACCAUUAUUUUCUUGAUAAAUCUAAUUCUGAUUUAGCAAAUCGUGGUGAAAAAUUAAUUGAAGCAAUGAUUGGUAAUAAUGUUGUGGCUAUAGGAAGUAGAAUUCUUAGUAAAAAUUCUAAACCUAAAUUAGUUGUUAUGUUUCCUGGAAUUUGUAAAGAUUCAUCUGAACCAAUUUUAAUAACAUUUAUUUCUAUUUUUAAAGAAAGUAUAAACUUAAUUGAUAUUCCUUCUGAAAACAAAAUAAUUGAAAGUUUGACAACAAAUGAUAUAUCACUUAUGGAUUCUUAUAUUGAUACAAUGAUGCUAGAAUCUCAUAAUAAUCGAUAUAAACCUGAACAUACACCAGAUCCUUUUUAUCAAAGCAAAUUAUCUACUAUAAUUGAAAAAGUAACAGACGAAAUUUCUUAUGAUAAAUCAUAUAUCAAGGAAAUUUUAAAUUUGGACAAAGAUACAACAGAAAAAUGUAAAUAUAUUGAAAAAAAAUUGUUUGAUUGUUAUGGUUAUUUAGAAUGA